AUGGUCAAAUUCACUGUCCUCGCUGUCGCUGCCAUUGGCACACUUACGCCGUUGGUCGCUGCCCGGAACUGCAAGACUGGCCUCAACUACUGUGGCUGGAACCUUCUUGACAUUGGAAAAUACGGUGCCCAAGUCAACCAGGCCCUUGCUAACGCCAAUCAGCCAGCAGACAACAGUCACAUCAACCAGUCGCUUUUCCACUGCAACGGUGGACAGGAUGGCGAUAUCUCGUAUAUUACUUACUGUCGCAGUGGUUGCCACGAUGGUGGCGAGGACGAGAGCGACUACUGCUAG